AAUCAGUGUCCAAGCAACACCCAUUCUAUCAGUGUGUUUUCUUUUCCCUACCAACUUCUUCUACUCUUCCCCACACGAUACUACUACACAAAUGGAGAACCAAUUCGAACUGAACCCUAACUCGCUGACCGAACUCAGUGAGUCCUCGGCGCCGUCCGACGACGACGAACCGGCUCUGAGCUCCCACACCCUCGCCGCCCUCAAAGAAUUCCUCGCCGAGCAGCAACGCGGCUCCGACGCCGGCGGAGAGUCCGAGGUUUCUCUGGUGUCUGAGGAUUGGAGGCUGAGCCAGUUCUGGUACAGCCCCGAAACCGCCACAACCGUCGCCGAAGAAGUUCUCGCUCUCUGCGGCGGCGGCAUCCGCGCUCGCGUCGCCUGCAUCGCUUGCCCUACCCUCUAUGCUUAUCUCAAGAAAAUGGAUCCUAAUGUGCCUGCGCAACUUCUGGAGUAUGACAAACGUUUUGGGCAAUAUGGAAGUGAGUACACAUUUUAUGACUACAAUCACCCUGAGGAUAUUCCAUCAGAAUUGAAGCAUUCCUGCAAAGUUGUAGUUGCUGAUCCUCCUUACUUGAGCAAAGAGUGCUUGGAGAAAGUGGCUGAAACAAUUCAUCUGCUCGUACAACCUGGAGAGUCAUUUUUGCUUCUACUCACAGGUGAAGUGCAGAAAGAAAGAGCAGCAGAGAUCUUGGGCUUGCAUCCUUGUGGUUUUAGGCCCCAGCACUCCAGCAAACUUGGAAAUGAGUUUCGGCUGUUCUCAAACUAUGACCCUGGAACGAGACUAGGAGGGUGGGAAAAAUAGGUGUAUGAAGCUGCAGUUGCGGAUUUGAUUGAUGUUGGAGUGAUUGGAUGCGAUCAUGUCUGCCACUAAGAGGACGUUGAAGUAAACAUUUCUGUGGAAUUAAUAUUAGCCUCUAGGCAACAGCCAACAAGUGUGAUUUUGACAUUGGUGGUUGGAGAUAUUGUCUAGUUGUAUCAAUUUCUAGUAAUAGGCACAGUUUUGGGUAGUAUUUGAUUAUUACGAGGAAAUGAGUUUCAAAUAGACCGAUUAAAUUUGUCUUUUCUGAUAUUUGAAAGUUGAGGUAAAUCCUUGACCCCACCAAUUUAAGAUUAUUAUGAAUGAUAGUAUGUACUACUAAGGGCAAUUUCAAUGUAGAAUCUAAUCGUGUGGUUCAGCAAUGAUUUUUCUUCAA